AAAAAAAAAAAAAAGAAUAUGGUGGGAGGAUCCCUUGAGCCCUUGCAGUGAGCUGUGAUUAUGCCACUGGGCGACAGAGGUCUCAAAAGUUCAACCCAAGUUAGAAAAUCAGUUUAAAUGUGUAAUACACCAAAGAAAUAACUGCUUGUUCUGUCAUAUUUAAAUAUUCAUAGUCUAGAAUGCUAAGUUUAGUGUUCCAAUCCAUUAUUCUGUAAAUGGAGGCUCAAAGAGGCCACUUGGUUAGGUUUCCUGGGGCUUUGCCCAUUCUCCCUAGUUAUGCUCUCAGAUGUGACCCUUGUAUAUUCUUAAUUCAUGCUCUGCCAUAAGAUGGAUUCAAACUUUGUGCCUCCACCUCUAAUGUUUUGUUUUACGAAUUACUCCUUUUAUCAGCUUUAUGUUCAAGCCAGUAUAUUUACUGACUACAGUGUUUUGAGUUAAAUUCUUUCAUAAAUAAUUGAAUAGCCGGAGAAAUUUUGCAGUAUCGCAGUCAUGUUUUGAAAAGAUUGCUCUUGGUUCUUGUCUCUAAUCUUUGAGAAAGCACACAGGAUAUAGUGUGUUGGCUUUCAGAUCACUAAUAAGACCAGAUUUCUGUGGCCCCGUUUGUCGGUUUAAGAGAUCCUGUAGGGCCCACACGAGAUAUUUCACCAGCUGUACUAUCUUUAAAUUCCAACAUACACGGGUGGUCCUGCCCUGGAUAAAACUCAGGAAGCAAAAACAACCGUCGGGAGAGGUGAGGUAGGAAGUCAUAGCAUUGCCGACGGUCCAGAGCAAAUCGCUCCCGGUCUAGACCCCGCCCGUACCACAGCCUGGACAGGUUGAGGUUUCAACCCCAGUCUGGCAAACUCGGGCACAGCCAGGCCCCGCCCAGAGAUUUCCGGGGCACGCCCCGGAAGUGCUGAGAGGGACUUCCUCCCUGCGGCGAGGCCUCGGAGCUGGCUGCUUCGCACAGGCAGAGAAAGGCUGAAGUGUUCUUGAAGACUCUUCAAUUACAGGAAAAGACGCUUGACUGCAUCUUUAGAGGAGUUGGUUUCGCUGGUUCCAAGGAUUCUGUUAAUGAGAAAACUCCACAGGCCAGCAUUCUGUAAGCUGACUCCAGCAGUCCAGUUGACAGUGGCUGAGGCCAGUUCCUGAUCAUCCUAUCUGAGGAACACCAGGUCUGGGAGAGGGAGCAGCACUGACCAGGGGAGGGAGGAAGGAUUUUCCUUGGGGAAGUGGCUAAGCUGGAUGAUUUCAAGGAAUUGAGUGAAUCCAGACAGCAGGUGGGGAGAGAUACUAUCAAGUUAUCUUAAAACUUUUGGUCCCUUAGGGAUUCUUCCCUUUUUUCCCCUACUUUUUAAGCACGUAAGUCAGAAGCCAGACUAACUGUGAUUUUGUCCAAGUCAUUUUAUCUUUCUGUGCCUAUAUGCCAUCUGUCAAUGGGGAUAGUAAAAGCACCUGUCUAGAGUUGUUAUGAGGAUUACAUGAACAGUACCUGCUACAUAGGAAGUGCUAUCCAGGUGCCUGACCUCGGAAAAUUUAUUUGCUUCUCAGUUUUUAUAUAUAUGCGAGAAGGACUUGAAUGUCUGCCCUGUAGGAUUAAAUGAGAUAAAAAGCAUAAAAUGCCUUCUUGGAGUAAGCGAUCCUUUCUUCACACGGUCCGUUCUGGCCAGCUCACAAACCACUGAGAGGGAAGCCUCCAGGAUCCUAGAGUAGAUGACCAGAUGCCCAGGCGCGCAAUCUGUGGAAGUGAAAGUCAAGCUUUCUAGGCCAACAGCUGUCCUCAGUCGCUUGGUCAGAUAGUCUAAUCGCAGUUUUUCAGGAUUCAAGGCCAGAGGUGUGAACAAGGUGUCAACUCUGAAGGGCUGAAGGGAAGGUUUUUCUAAGGAUGGACCCACACCAGAAGGUCCCUAGCAUAUAUAAUGGGGAUACUUUACAGACUCCUGAGUAUGAAAAAAUCUCUCAGUAUGAGGACCAGUUAGAAAGGCAUGAGGGUAGGCGCAUGGAAGAAAGACGGUAUAAAUGCAUUGAUUGUGGAAAAAAGUUUGCCCAGAGCUCAGGCCUUGUUCGACAUCAGAGAAUCCACACUGGAGAGAAACCCUAUGAGUGUGAUCACUGUGGAAAAGCCUUUAGCGUGCGCUCAACCCUUACUGUGCAUGAAAGAAUCCACACUGGUGAGAAGCCUUAUACUUGUAAUGAGUGUAAGAAAGCCUUCAGUGUAAGGGCACACCUGAUUAUACAUCAGAGAAUCCACAAUGGAGAGAAACCCUAUGAAUGUAAUGAGUGUGGCAAAGCAUUUAGUGUGAGCUCAGACCUUAUCAAACACCAGAGAAUCCAUACUGGUGAGAAACCUUAUGAGUGUGAUGAGUGUGGAAAAGCUUUCAGUGUGAGCUCAGCCCUCAUCAAGCAUCAGAGAAUCCAUACAGGAGAAAAGCCGUAUGAGUGUAAGGAAUGUGGGAAGGCCUUCUAUGUGAACUCAGCACUUAUUAAUCACCAGAGGAUUCACUCUGGAGAAAAGCCCUAUGAGUGUGGAGAGUGUGGAAAAGCGUUCAGCCAGAUCUCAACCCUUAUUCAUCACCAGAGAAUCCAUACUGGAGAGAAACCAUAUGAGUGUGAAGAGUGUGGGAAAGCUUUCCGUGGGAGUUCUAAUCUUACUAAACACCAGAAAAUACAUGCCAAAGAAAAGUGUCAUCAGUGAUUUAUGUGGCAAAUAUAUUCCAAAGGGCUUUUGUUACAUCAGAAGAUACCAUCGAAAGAAGAGUAUGGUUAAACUUAAUCCCUUAAUUGACACUUCAUCCUUGAAAUACUGAAGUGAGAAAUCACUGAAAAGUAACUCCAUCAGCAUUGUUUCUAAGGCUCUAAAAUCACAUCUACUUCUGAGAAUGUAAUUUUGCAACUCAUAAGAAUGGAGGUUUACAGACAGUCAUCUGGGUGGAGGACACCCUUUUGGAAUCAGCACUGAAUGUGAUACCAUAUCCCACUCCAAACCAGCACAACUAUAAAUACUAAGCAAUGGUGAUAUGAAGACUGAGAUCACAAUGUUAGGCAUGAAGCAGGAAUUUUGUGAAGUAACAGAACCACAUAGGGAGGAGUUAGAUGGAUGUAAUGAAACUGUGUCUCAGCGUGCCAAACAUAGAAGAGACAGUGAGCCUAAUGGCAAUUUGGAAUUGCACAAUGAGGAUGCCACGGGUGAAAAAAUAUAUAAAUGUGAUGAGUGUGGGAAAACUUUCACCUGGAUCAGAGGCCUUCAGAUACAUAGGAGGAUCCAUAAUGGAGAGGAACCAUACCCAUGGACAGAAUGUGGAAAGGCCUUCAUCACACGUGCAAAACUUACCCAGCAUCAGGGGCUUCACAGCAAGAAAAAACCCAUAAAUGUAAAGAGUGUAGGAAAAGCUUCAGUGAAAAGACAGGACUCUUCCAACAUCUUAAAAUCCACACUGGAGAAAAGCCCCAUCAAUGUAGUAAAUGUGGCAGAUGUUUUAGUUGGAGAUCAGUUCUUACGAAGCAUCAAAGUCUCCACACUGGAGAUAAACCUUUGGAAUGUAUGAACUGUGGGAAAGCCUUCUGCCAUAGUUCACACCUCACUGAACAUCAGUAAUUCCACAACAAAGAGAAACCUUAUGAAUGUAAUGAAUGUGGGAAAGCCUUCAGGCAGUGUUCACCUCUUAUUAAAUAUCAAUGAAUUCACAGUGAAGAAAAACCCUAUGAAUGUAAAGUAUGUGGAAAAGCCUUCACUCAGUAUGCCGGACUUAACCAACACCAGAGAAUCCACACUGGAGAGAAACCUUUUGAAUGUCCUUAUGUGGACGAGCCUUUAGCUGGAGCUCAGAACUAAUAAUACAUCACAGAAUCCACUCAAGGGAAAAAUCCUAUGAAUGUGCUGAGUAUGGAAAAACCUUUAAUGUGAGCUCAACCCUAAUCAUACAUCAGAGAAGUCACACUGGGGAAAAGUCCUAUAAAUGUGAUGAGUGUCUGAAGCCUUUAGUCAAUGUUCAGGCUUAAUAAACACAAGUUAGGAGGCAAGCAUGGAAACUCUCCUGAGCCUAGAAAAUAUAAAUGUGAUAAGUGUGUAAAGACCUUUACUCGGUCAACUGGCCUGAGGAACCACAAAAGAAUCCACACUGGGGAUAAGACAUACCAAUGUCCUGAGUGUGGAAAGGCCCUCAAAAGGGGAGAGGAUCUUAUAGAACACCAGGGGAUUCACAACAAAGUGAAGCCCUAUCAGUGUCAAGUGUGUGGCAAAGCCCUCAGUCAGAAGACAGGUCUUAGUUACCAUCUCAGAAUCCCCCCAGGAAAGAAACCUUUUGAGUGUUCUGAAUGCAGGUGAGCUUUCUGCUGGAAGUCAGAUCUCAACAAACAUGAAAGAGUCCACUCUGAGGAAAAACCCUAUAAAUGUGAAGAGUGAGGGAAAGCCUAGGGGCAGAGAGCAACCCUGGUUCAACAUCAGAGAAGCCACAUUGUGCCAAGACCUGGGAGUGGGGUGAGUGGCGCAAAGCCUGCAGUGGAAGCUCAGCCCUGAUUAAUCACCAGAGAAUCCACUACAACUGAACACCUUGCCCAUGUGUUUGGUGACAGCUUCAAGUAGUAUCCAGGAUUUUUUCUUACUGAGACAAACUGUUUCUUGAACUUCAUUGUUUAAGAACAUCACGGAUGCCACAUUUAAGACUUUUUAUAAAAAUCAUAAAUACUGUGAAAGUUGAGAAUUUAGGAAAAUAAACAUCAAGGAAUUUACCUGCAAUUACCUUUUUUAAAUGCAAUGAAGUAUCAGUGCAACAAAAAAGUAUACAAGGGCAGUUGUUUAAAAAAUAUAUUUUUCUACUGAAUUCUGUUUAUUUUGUUUUGAAGUCAUUUCAAUUUCUGACUAACUUUAACAUAGCCUAGUGUUGAAAUUACUUGUUUGAGUACCAGUUGAAGACACUGGAAUAUCUAAGAGCUUGGAAUGUGCGAGGUACGUUGUCUCUGUUUCUUUCCUACUUUGGCUACCUGACCAAGCAAGCCACAAUCUAGAAGAUGAGUUAAAGACCCUUCCACAUCUCAACUCCAGAAUCAUCAUUUCUUAGUGAAAAAAGGAUGUGUAAUAUUCUAAGUAGUGUGGAGGACAUAGCAAUUUUGGCCCCUAGUAACUCAAAAUUUAGUGGCGCCAUCAUGGCUAAAGCCCAGGGUAUAUAUUUUCCAUUGUGAACACAGCUCCUUGAGUUCAAAUGGAAAUGGACAAACCUUUCAUUUCAGCAUUUUCACCCUCCUACAAAUUAUAUUUCCUCAACUGAAACCCCUUUCAACUUCAGCACUAACUAUGUCCCUCACUGGUCAAGGAUAUGAGGGACUUCUUUGCCGAAGCUGAUAAUCAUUUUCAAACACUGGAAGAAUUGCAUUUCUUUGUGCUAGUCACAGUGUAACAGCUCUAGACAUGACAUACUUUUAAGUUUACUCUGCAUUGUUAACAUUUUAUCUAACAUUUUCCUUAAUCUGCACAGCCAAGAAAACAAUAAACCGAGCCCUGAUUUGAAGUGUUUGCCAAUAUCCAGCUUUCUGUGGUGUACAGUACUUGCACCAUGGCUGGUUACUAGUCAAAUCACUGAAGUCAUGGAGUUGAGAAGAGAUGUGGGGUAGCACAGGAUUAUAGAUUCUUUCUACUAUAUAGAUAUACAGACAACCUCAAGAGCAGAAGUAAUAGUAAAAUGUAGUAAAUUGGGAUUGAUAUAUUUUGAGUAUAUAUUACCUUUUAAUAAUUAAAUUGUAGCUGAGCAUGGUGGUGCACCCCUGUGGUUCCCAGCUACUUGGGAGGCUGAGGUGGGA